UAUUAGUUUAAUCAAAGUGCUACCUCAAUAUUUUAUGAACUCCAAAAUUCAUAAAAGAUGAGCUUGAAACUGCCUUCAAUCUAUGCCAACGUGAAGAAGAGCAGAGAAGCUGGAAGAAAACAGAAAAUAAACGGUAGAUGAAUCAUGAAAGAGAGACCAUUUCGGGGAAAGUCAUUGCAGUUUCUUCCCAAUCAGCUGUAAUUGAAAGGCGCAACGAAAAUGCUGGAAUGGUUCUCUCUCUCUCUCUCACUCCCCAUAUCUGGAUCAUGUUUCCCCUUUCAUGUCUCAAAUUGCUCGCCAUUUUAUUUUUAGUUCCGCGGUCCUCCGGAUUCUCAGCCUUCUUUGCCUCUUACUUGAAAUCUCAAACAGUUUUCGUUCCACAUUUCUUCCAAGAAUUACCCCCUUUCGUAAGAUUCCAGACUUUUCUUGACAACCCCUUUUCACUGUUGGUUCGAUUCUGACGUGAUUGUUUGUUGAUUUUUGGAAUUGGGUUUCAAAUUGGCCGGAGGAUGUUACGGUUCAUUUCGGCGCUGGAUUGAGGUGGCGACAUUUUGGGAAUAGAAUAAUUCGGUUGCUUUCUUUUGUAGUUUUGGUCAAUUUUUUGUUCGAGGGAUGUUUAAUGGUUCUUGAGAUUCCUAUUUGAUCCGAGUGAGAAAUGGAUUCGGCGAGGAGUUGGUUUAAUAAGCUUCAACCAAGAGAUAGGUUGAGGGGUUCUUCAAAGAAGAAGGAUAGUAUGGGAGGAAAUGAGGAUUCUACGGAACAGACAGAUGAAGAGGCGCUCUCUAAUAUCACAAAGCAGAAGGUUGCUGCGGCGAAGCAGUAUAUCGAGAACCAUUACAAGGAGCAAAUGAAAAAUCUGCAGGAGAGAAAGGAACGACGAAAUAUAUUGGAAAAGAAGUUGGCUGAUGCUGAUGUUUCUGAAGAAGAUCAAACCAAUUUACUUAAAUUUUUAGAGAAGAAGGAAACUGAAUACAUGCGCCUCCAAAGGCACAAAAUGGGUGUCGAUGAUUUUGAUUUACUAACAAUUAUUGGGAAAGGUGCUUUUGGGGAGGUUCGUGUUUGUAGAGAGAAGACUUCAGGUCAGGUGUAUGCCAUGAAAAAGCUUAAAAAAUCGGAGAUGCUUCGGAGGGGCCAGGUGGAGCAUGUGAGAGCUGAAAGAAAUCUGCUUGCUGAAGUUGAUAGCAAUUGCAUCGUGAAACUCUAUUGUUCUUUUCAAGAUGAUGAGUUUCUUUACCUUAUUAUGGAGUAUCUACCUGGUGGAGAUAUGAUGACUUUAUUGAUGAGAAAGGAUACUUUGACUGAAGAUGAAGCAAGGUUCUAUGUUGGAGAGAUAGUUUUGGCCAUUGAAUCUAUUCAUAAGCACAAUUACAUUCAUAGAGAUAUUAAGCCUGACAACUUGCUUCUUGAUAAAUUUGGGCACUUGAGACUCUCUGACUUUGGACUAUGCAAGCCAUUAGAUUGCAGUACACUCCAAGAACAAGAUUUUGAUAUGGCGAGUACCCGUAAUGGGGCUGGACAGACUGAUGAGCGCUCCGGAACUCCUGCACGCACUCAACAAGAGCAACUACAACAUUGGCAGAAGAAUCGGAGAAUGCUUGCUUAUUCCACAGUUGGUACGCCAGAUUAUAUUGCUCCAGAGGUUUUGUUGAAGAAAGGUUAUGGAAUGGAAUGUGACUGGUGGUCACUUGGAGCUAUUAUGUAUGAAAUGCUUGUCGGAUACCCACCAUUUUACUCCGAUGAUCCAAUGUCAACGUGUCGGAAGAUAGUGAACUGGAGAACUCAUUUGAAGUUUCCGGAGGAGGCAAAGCUAUCUCCCAUGGCAAAAGAUGUCAUCAGUAGACUACUAUGCAAUGUUAACCAAAGGCUAGGAACAAAUGGCGCAGAUGAAAUUAAGGUUCAUCCGUGGUUUGAAGGUAUUGAAUGGGAGAGGCUAUACCAAAUGGAAGCUGCAUUUGUUCCCGAGGUUAAAGAUGAGCUAGACACCCAAAAUUUUGAGAAGUUUGAAGAGUCUGACUCGCAAAGCUGUACUUCAUCUAAAUCUGGUCCAUGGAGAAAGAUGCUCUCAUCCAAGGACAUCAACUUCGUCGGAUACACUUACAAGAACUUCGAAAUUGUCAAUGAUUAUCAAUUGCCUGGGAUGGCUGAAUUGAAGAAAAAAUGCAGCAAACCAAAAAGACCGUCAAUCAAGUCACUCUUUGAUGGCGAGUCGGAGGCAUCAGAUGCAGAUGCAUCUGAUGCAUCUACUUGUAGUCAGCCCACCGAAGGUAGUAGCUUUUCGCACUCAAUGACUUCUCAACUGGAUGGAUUUGAAAAGAGGAAAGAGUCGAUGUAAUGUGUUGCUGCUCUGCGUAUCAUUGGAUGAAACAGCGGGAGUUCUGAUUCAUUAGCUAAAUCUCAGUUGGAAUUUUUGAGUAACAUAGGUCCAAUGUAGGACGAUGUGUUCUGCAUCAAAAUUCUUUGAGCGAGUUCGGUUUAACAGAAAAAUUAAGUUCAAGCAAUGGAGGAGGAGGCGGAAUUUUGGUACCUAACAUACCUUGGAGUUGACCUGAGCUUUCGUCCGUGGCAGCAUUGUUCGUAGUGAGGAGAAUAACAGAUCUGAAGAAGGUGAAUAACAGAUCUCAAUAGUUAUCAUAUCAUUCUUCACCAUUGAAGUUUAAUAUUCUUUUACUUGUCUUAUUUUUUCCCACAUCUAAUUUGGUGGGGUUAUAUCAACAAUCUGUUGUACAAAAAGACACCAAAUCGAUAGCAUAUACACCAAUAUUUCAGUGUAUAUAAUACAAGGCAAAAGCAAUUUGUUCCAUACCAA